AUGGAAAUUAUUGCGGAGCUGCGGGAGCAGUCGAUCCUGGCUCGUGAAAAUGUGGUAAGCCUCCGGGAGGAAAAUACAUGGUUCCAUCGCGAGUUGGAUAAGGCGCAGAGGGUGAAUGAUCAGGCGCGGCAGGAAGUGUGGAAGGCCAUCGAGGAGUCGCGCGCGGACCUGCACAACCUGCUGGAGGAGCAUGGGAGGGUGUCAACGAUGGUGAUUGACCUGCGGACCAAGGUGAAUAAUUCGGUGCUCGCCCUGCGGAACCAGAUCUUGGCCGCCCAUGCCCAUCUCGUGAAUAUUGAGUGGCUGAUGGACCAGCAGGCUUCUGAGGAGUCGCGCGAGGUGGAGAAGACUCUGGACAGUGAGGGAGAGGUACGGGGUCGUGCUCCAAGCCCUUCCUCCUAA